AUGUCGAGCUCAGAGAUUAAUCAGGUGCUCGCCAACUCGCUGUCUCCGGACGCGAACCUGCGAAACGCCGCCGAGCAGCAACUCCACCAAGCCUCCGAGAGCAAUUUCCCCCUUUACCUCGCGACUCUCGUCCAAGAACUAGCAAACGAGCAGGCCGAGAGCUCCAUCCGAGCCGCGGCCGGUAUUGCCCUCAAGAACGCCUUCACAGCCAGAGAUUUCGCCCGCCACCAAGAGCUGCAGGCGAAAUGGCUGCAACAAACGGACGACGAUACCAAGAGGCGCGUCAAGGAGCUGACGCUGCAGACGCUCUCCUCUUCGAGCGCCCAGGCCGGCACCGCCGCCGCCCAGGUCGUCUCCUCCAUCGCCGCCAUCGAGCUGCCCCGCAACCAAUGGAAUGACCUGAUGCCUUUCCUCGUCAAGAAUGUCAGCGAGGGCGCCGACCACCAGAAGCAGGCAUCCCUCACCACCAUUGGCUACAUCUGCGAGAGCCAGGACUCGGAGCUGCGCCUGGCCCUCGUGGCUCACUCCAACGCCAUCCUCACGGCCGUCGUGCAGGGUGCCCGCAAGGAAGAGACCAACCCCGAGGUCCGCCUUGCCGCCAUCACAGCGCUCGGCGACUCUCUCGAGUUUGUCGCCAACAACUUCAAGCACGAGGGCGAGCGAAACUACAUCAUGCAGGUCGUCUGCGAGGCCACUCAGGCCGACGACUCCCGCAUCCAGCAGGGCGCCUUUGGCUGCCUCAACCGCAUCAUGAACCUGUACUACGACAACAUGCGUUAUUAUAUGGAGAAGGCCCUCUUUGGCCUCACCAUCCUCGGCAUGAAGUCGGACGACGAGGACGUGGCAAAGCUCGCCGUCGAGUUCUGGAGCACCGUCUGCGAGGAGGAACUCUCCAUCGAGGACGACAACUCCCAAGUGGAAAGUGCCGAUCAGAUGCGCCCAUUCUUCAACUUCGCCCGCGUCGCCGCCAACGAAGUCGUCCCCGUGCUCCUCAUGCUGCUUACGAAGCAGGACGAGGACGCCACCGACGACGAGUACAACCUGUCUCGCGCCGCGUACCAGUGCCUGCAGCUGUACUCCCAGGCAGUCGGCGCCAGCAUCAUUGCGCCCGUGCUUCAGUUUGUCGAGGCCAACUUGCGCCACGAGGACUGGCACAACCGAGACGCCGCUGUGUCGGCCUUCGGCGCCAUCAUGGAGGGUCCUGACGAGAAGGUCUUGGACCCCAUCGUUAAGCAGGCUCUUCCUAUCCUGAUCUCCAUGAUGGAGGAUCAGUCACUCCAGGUCAAGGACUCGACCGCCUAUGCUCUCGGCCGCGUUACCGAGGCCUGCUCUGAGGCCAUUGACCCCAACCAGCAUCUCCCGACCCUAAUUGAGUCCCUCUUCAAGGGCCUCCUGAGCAACGCAAAGAUGGCUCCUUCCUGCUGCUGGGCUCUGAUGAACCUUGCCGAGCGCUUCGCCGGCGACAUCGGCUCCGCCGCGAACCCCAUCACGCCUCACUUCAACCAGGCUGUUAGCUCUCUGCUUGAUGUCACUGGUCGACAGGAGGUCGAUACUUCAGUCCGGACGGCGGCCUACGAGGUUCUCAAUGUCUUUGUUCAGAAUGCCGCCACCGAGAGCCUUCAGGCGGUUGCCUCCCUGUCCGAGGUCAUCCUCAAGCGACUGGAGGAGACUGUGCCGCUUCAGUCCCAGGUUGUCAGUGUCGAAGACAAGAUUACCCUCGAGGAGAUGCAAAACAGUCUGUGUACCGUCCUGCAGGCCAUUAUCCUGCGUCUCGACAAGGAGAUUGCUCCUCAAGGAGACCGCAUUAUGCAGAUUCUCCUGCAAAUUCUCAGCACUGUGGGAGGAAAGUCGAGCGUCCCCGAGGCGGUCUUUGCCACUAUCAGCGCGCUGUCCACGUCGAUGGAAGAGGACUUCAUCAAGUACAUGGAUGCCUUCUCACCGUUCCUGAACAACGCCCUUAGCAACCAGGAGGAACCCAGUCUCUGCUCCAUGGCUAUUGGCCUCGUGAGCGAUAUCACUCGCUCCAUGGGCGAGCGCAGCCAACCCUACUGCGACAACUUCAUGAACCAUCUGCUCAACAACUUGAGGAGCCCGACGCUUUCCAACCAGUUCAAGCCUGCUAUUCUGCAGUGCUUCGGCGACAUUGCUGGCGCCAUUGCCGGCCACUUUGAGACCUACCUGUCCGUCGUGGCACAGGUUCUGGAGCAGGCGUCCACGGUCACCGCCGCCCCUGAGGGCCCGUACGAGAUGUUUGACUAUGUCGUCUCACUGCGAGAGGGCAUCAUGGAUGCUUGGGGUGGCAUUAUUGGUGCCAUGAAGGCCAGCGGCAAGACCCAAGUCCUCCAGCCAUACGUCCCCACCAUUUUCAGCCUUCUCAACAGCAUUGCCAGCGACAUGAACCGCAGCGAGGCCCUGAUGCGCGCAUCCAUGGGCGUCAUCGGUGACCUGGCUGAGGCCUAUCCCAAUGGCGAACUCAUCGACGCCUUCCGUCAGGACUGGCUGACUGCCAUGAUCAAGGAGACCAAGACGAACCGCGAGUUCCAGUCUCGGACGAUUGAGACGGCCCGAUGGGCUCGCGAGCAGGUUAAGCGCCAGGUCGGCGGCGCACAGGCCGUCAUGGCUCAGACCUGA